UGGAAAGACAUUCAGGUAAGCUAUUAUUUGUUAGAAUUUUGAUUUGUUUUUCUAUUACUCCAAAUGUUGACUCUAACCGUGUUUGUUUUCCUUCAAAAUAGACGGGGUUCAUUGUGCCGGACACCUUCAAACAUGAUUGUCUCAUCCUAGCUGGGAAGUUAAUGAAAGACUUCAAGAAUAGGAUGACAAAAGACAUCAUAAUGCCCGCGUUGAAAGAGAAUGAUCUGGGACGACUGGCACAAGUCCCUGAAAAGCACCCGGAGAUCGACGCUGCUGAUUGGUGCAAAUUUGUUGAAAGUCGACUAACUCCUGAAUUUCUGGAAUUGAGUAAGGUGCAACGUGAACGUUCCUCAAAAAUUCAAUCCAGACAUCGAAGUGGUCGGAGUGGAAUGGUGAACGUACGGGAAGCUGUGGUAAGUAAUACUAAAAAUUUAAUGUGCUAUAAUGUGCUAUACAAUUUAAUUGGUACUCAUUUCAUUGUUAUAACGUUAUGUAGAAAAAGGACCUCGAAGUUGCAGAUCCUCCCCGCCACCGUGUUUGGAUUAAAUCUCGCACCAAGAGUAGAAAACUUGUCACUGAUUACGACAAGGAAAUUGCCGAGAAGAUAGUAAGUAUAUAUUAAUCCUUAAUUGAGUUCUACUCAUGAGUUAGUGUAUAUAAUUCAUAUACUAAUUGCUUGAAUAUAUGCGUGCAUUAGGCUCAAUUAGAGGAGAAGCUUAGUCAGGGACAAAUUCAGGUCCAGGGCC